GGCACGACACAAGCAACGUUACAAUCCUGCGACGAAACGUGGGUAUCUGUGUCGCUGUUGCAAAGGCCACUUUAAAGAAGGAAGAAGAGUUAAAACGUCGAAGCAGCAAACGGUUUGAAAAUGAAUCCACUUCCCUCGGGAACUAAGGACGAAUUCCUGUUCAACGCGUCCCUGCUGUACAAGGAAACUUGUCCGGAGCUGUCACGGUUCUUAAUGCAAGGGCCCAUGAGUAUAAAUGGGAAGCAGGAAUCCUCCCGUCUGUCACUGAACACCCUGGUGUGUCCACACUGCUGUCAGUGGGUGCAGCCUGACAAUCACCGGAUUCGAUUGCGUCCGAAGCAGCGCCCAUCAGCACAGAUGAAGAGGAUUCUACGCAGAAGUGCCAAGGGAAAACGACUUACCCUGAUGCAGAAGAAUCUGCUGCGCAACUUCAAAAGGUCCCCCUCAGUACUGAUGGCCACCUGCCACACUUGCAACCAGACGUCCAGACACAAGGGAAUGAACAGGGACUUUACAACUACUCUUGCUAGGAACCACAGCACCCCAGGAAGCGCUGUCAAACACAAGCCUCCAGGGUCGGCCAGCAGAUCCAACAAGUCUACCCCAAAAACUCCCUGCAAAGACAAGACACCUGUUCAUACACCAAGGUCGUCCAGCUCCUCUAACACUCCUGGGUCAGGAUCGUCUUCCACCAAGUCUGCCUCUAAACCUAAAAACUGGGUUGUUCAGCGCCUUAGCAAGAUUCUCAUGCGAGACGACAACAAGGGCAGCAAGAAGGGCGGCUUGAAAGAUUUUCUUUCUUCACUUUGAGUGUCUUGAGUGUCUCAUUUUGAACUCCUAAGUUUGUAACUUGUUUAUACCAAAGGCUGAGAGGGAACUAAGCAGAAUAGCUUUGGUUUCUGAGCCGUUGUGGGAAGAGUUACAGUUUGUCCACCAACUAUUGCUGGGUUGUUUGGAAUGGCGCCUCUGGAAUCCUCAGUGCAGGAACUGGAAGCACUGGGAAGGCUAUUUUGACUACUGAUGGAGGGGACUGCAUCCUCCAGUGACCCUGUAAGAGGAGAGUGCAUUUUUGAUCUAAUUAAGCACAUGCCUCCAGUAAUGGCUGAAACAGAACAGUUAACCAAUCUGUGCUCUGUGAGGGCAUUGGUGGCAUGACAAGCUGGUUCACAUGCCAAUAUAUUUCUUUAUUUUGGAUCUUUUUUUCUAAAGAUUUUAAUUGUCAUUUAUAUGAUUAUUCUCUGUAUUUGGUAUUCAUGUGACUUGAUGUUAAACCUCUUGUAUUUACUUUUCUACUCUCCACAAGAGUGGUGUGUUUGUAUUUUGUUAGCACUGGCUAAACGUGACAGAUUUUUUUUAAAUAUGAUUUAUUUCGCUAACAAAUUAUGUUAAUUCUGUGUAAGUCACCAAUGGAGAUAUUUGUAUUUGGGAUCCACCAGUUGUUGUUUACAUUUAAUAGGCACAGUUGCCUAAAACCUGAACACAAAAUAAUUAAUAACGAUACACUUUUUGAUUUUGAUUAAUUUUUAUUCUGUUUAUUUGUUUCUUUGAAUAUGUACUUGUGAAUGGUUACUCUUCAUUUUUUUAAGAGGAAGAAUUUAAAUAAUGUCUGAAUUUUGUACUGCCUUAUUACUUAUCUGUUGUUCAUUGGCUGUUCAGUGUGUGUUUAUAUGCUGAUAUACCUCACAUUUGUAUUCCAACAUCUUAAAUCUGUGAAUAAAAUAUUUUCAGUCUGGUAAA